UUCACUUUUACGCAUCGGUGCAGUUGUGUGGGUAAGUGUCUUUUUUUUAAAAAGUAGUGUGGCUGCGUUUAUUUGAAACCAGGCACCGUGCGGCCACGUAAUAGGAAUUAUGCGCUGGUGCACAGAUGACAGCGUUGAUUUGUAUUGUUGCCUUAGCUGCUGAUGCCCCGCCUCUGACGGUAGCCUUAAACCUGGCACCCAGCUAAAACAAACGAAAGUCAGUCUCGAGCUCCCACUCAAGCCAAUUAAGGCGGACUUCACGCGCCCUCUUACGUGUCUAUCUCUCUGUGUCGACGCCGAAGCAACAGGAACAGAGGAGCGGGCCAAAAAAAAGAGAAGAAGAAGAAGAAGUAGUGGAAGAAGAAGAAGAAGAAGAAGAAGAAGAAGAAGAAGGACAGGUUCCUUUGCCUUCUGAUUUUUUCCAACACAGAACAAUGUCGAUGAGUCCUAAGCAUACGACUCCCUUUUCUGUGUCCGAUAUCUUAAGUCCUCUUGAGGAGAGCUACAAAAAAGUAAGUAUGGAGGGGAACAGUUUGGGGGCUCCUCUUGCUUCGUACCGGCAGCCGCAGGUCACACAGGCUGCGAUGCAGCAGCAUCAUAUGGGCCACAACGGAGCCGCUGUGCCCGCUGCCUACCACAUGACAGCUACAGGAGUGCCACAGCUGUCCCACACGGCUAUGGGAGGCUACUGCAACGGCAAUCUGGGCAACAUGAGCGACCUGCCGGCUUAUCAGGACGGCAUGAGGGGCAGCACGACAGCCACAAGCUGGUACGGAGCAAACCCUGACCCGCGCUUUUCUACCAUCUCUCGAUUCAUGGGCUCCUCUUCCAGCAUGAACAUGAGCAGCCUUGGAUCUUUGGCAGAUGUGGGGAAAGGCAUGGGAUCCCUGAGCAGCGCGCCGAGGAGGAAAAGGCGCGUGCUCUUCUCGCAAGCGCAGGUCUACGAGCUCGAGCGCCGCUUCAAGCAGCAGAAGUACCUCUCGGCGCCGGAAAGGGAGCACCUAGCCAGUAUGAUCCACUUGACCCCGACCCAGGUGAAAAUCUGGUUCCAGAAUCAUCGCUACAAAAUGAAGAGGCAGGCCAAAGACAAAGUGUCGCAGCAGCAGAUGCAACAAGAGAGCGGUUCUUGCCAGCAACAACAACAGUCUCCGCGGCGGGUAGCCGUGCCCGUGUUGGUGAAGGACGGCAAGCCGUGCCAAGGCGGCGGCCACACUCCCACUAGCGCGGCGCAAAACCACCAUCACCAGGGUGCAAACGUCAUGCUCAUGGCUAACAAUGGCGCUAUGGGCCAGCAUCCGAGUCAGCAGGUAGGCAGCGCGGGCCAGUCUCCAGAUUUGGGCCAGCAUGGCACAAGCCCCUCUUCCCUUCAGACUCAGGUGACUGGUCUAUCACACCUGAACUCCUCUGGCGCCGACUACGGAACAGCCUUACCCUGUUCCGCUCUGCUGUACGGCAGGACAUGGUGACGACGAGACAGACCGCAGACGGAUAGACACUAAAGGCUAUUUGACCUCGACGUCUGCUUUGACCGAGUGAACAGCAACACAAUGAAACACAACACAAUGAAAUUCUCUGUAACCGUUUUGAACCGUCCGGUUUGUUGUUAUUUUUUGUCCCCAUCCUCUCAGAAUUCAGACUGGAAAUGUGGAGGGGGGGUGAAAAGGUCAAUCAAUGCAGAAUGAUUGAGAAAAAUAGCCUUUUCCCAAUCUUUUAUUAUGAGGAUGUGCGUCCAAAGAAGGCAAAGAAGAUGGAAUUAUUUAUAUAGCUUUUAAGCGGAGACAAUAUAUAAAAAAAAUCACAUCCCGACGGAUGAAAUAAAAAGCCUCAGUUGGCACUUUAAGACGCCGCCUCCCAUUCUGACUGCUCCACUACAUUCCUGAUUCUUAGAGAUUGCAAUGUAAGCCGUAGCUUGUACAUUCCUGUAAACGGUUUGGAUUUAAUACAUAGUUUUUAGCGAUAUGUAUAUGUAUAAAACAUUUUUUUAUCGAUAUUGAGGGUAAUAUGUUAUUUGAGUUUCACUGGUAUUUGUACGUUUCAUUUUCCUUGUAACUUAUAGAUAUUUGACUUAAGCGCAGUCAUACAAUCAUAUUAAUAAAUUAUGAAAAAAAAAUGAUACACAUUCUUAUUAAAAUUGGUUGCCAGAAUUAAUACGGUGUCACCCAACCGAAUAAAACCUACUUUAAUUUUGUUCAUAAUUUUUUGGAUAAAGUUUGUUGAUAGAGAAAAAAAACUGUUAAUUAAACCCAAAUAUAUGAAUGAGAAUAAAUCGCGUAUGAUUUCUGCGACUGCGAAUUCUUUUGUAAUACUCAGGAUUAUGACGACCAGGACAAAUUUACAUUGAUCUAUUUUUUUCCAAACUUUACAAUUAUACCUAGGUGUUUUUUUUUUUGUUGUAAGA